AUGGGAAUCAUAAAAAGCAGUUUUUCGUUUAUGCUUGGAGCAGUGUGUGGCGUAUACAUUGCUCAGAAUUACAACGUUCCGAAUAUCCACAAGCUCGCAGAUUACGCAGUUUUAAUGGCGAAGCAAAUGGAAGAAAGGUAUCGCAAGCCUAAGAAGCCCGAUGACGAUUUUUAGUAUUCGCAGGUCUUUCUAUCACUCUCAAUAUUCAAGUAAUCUAACUACAAAGAUAGAGUACAAUCCCUAGAUUUAUUACAGGAAUAUUGUUCGACAGGAUGAAUAUAUAGCGCUUUGUCCUUGUAA